AUGGUUAAAGCUGCUGUUCUUGGUGCCUCGGGUGGCAUUGGCCAGCCCUUGUCUCUCCUCCUGAAGGCAUGCCCUCUCGUUGACGAGCUUGCUCUCUACGAUGUCGUCAACACCCCCGGUGUCACUGCCGAUCUCUCUCACAUCUCCUCCGUCGCUAAAAUCUCCGGAUACUUGCCCAAGGAUGACGGCUUGAAGAACGCUCUUACUGGCACUGAUGUUGUUGUCAUCCCUGCUGGCAUUCCCCGCAAGCCUGGUAUGACCCGUGAUGACCUGUUCAAGGUCAACGCCAGCAUUGUCCGCGACCUCGUCAAGGGCAUUGCCGAGUUCUCCCCCAAGGCCUUCGUCCUGAUCAUCUCCAACCCCGUCAACUCGACCGUCCCUAUUGCCGCUGAGGUGCUCAAAGCCGCUGGCGUCUUUGACCCUAAGCGCCUCUUCGGUGUGACCACCCUCGACGUUGUCCGCGCUGAGACCUUCGUCCAAGAAUACUCUGGCCAGAAGGACCCCUCCAAGGCCCAGAUCCCUGUUGUCGGUGGUCACUCUGGCGAGACCAUUGUCCCCCUCUUCAGCAAGGCUUCCCCCUCCCUGAACAUCCCCGCUGACAAGUAUGACGCUCUUAUCAACCGUGUCCAAUUUGGUGGUGACGAGGUUGUCCAGGCCAAGGAUGGCGCUGGUUCCGCUACCCUGUCUAUGGCUUAUGCUGGCUACAGAUUCGCCGAGGCUGUUAUCAAGGCUCUCAGAGGUGAGGCUGGUAUCGUCGAGCCGACUUUCGUUUACCUGCCCGGCAUUGCUGGUGGUGACGAGAUCGCCAAGGCAACUGGUGUCGAAUUCUUCUCUACUCUUGUGACUCUCGGGGCCAAUGGUGCCGAAAAGGUCACCAACGUGCUCAACGGUGUCACUGACCAGGAGAAGAAGCUCCUCGAGGCUUGCACCAAGGGCCUCAAGGGCAACAUCGAAAAGGGCAUCGACUUCAUCAAGAACCCCCCACCAAAGUAA